CGGCGGGCUGCGGGCGCGGCUCGGUGCUCGGAGUGGUUUCGGAUCCAGAAGUCUUGCAAAUAUUGAGAUAAUAUUGAGAUUGCGAAGAACUUGAGUCAACAUGGAAAAUAAAUGAAUGUCAUGACAGAAAUUCAGGAUAACUUCAAAGUUUUAACAGCUGAGAGAGACAAAAUUCUCAAUCUUUAUGAACAGGCACAGGAGGAGAUUUCCCAGCUUUGACAGGAAGUUAUAAAAUGCCCCAGGUCUCCUAAAAGCACAGUGACAGCUCAAGCUAUAUCAAUACACAUGGAGAUAGAAAGGGAUACAAGGCUGACAGAUUUCCAAAGGACGCCCACAGAACGUGAUAGCCUCAGGGAGCACUUACAGAUUUCCCAAGAAACUGCGUUUAAUGAAUAGGCUCAUUUGGAAUAGAGAAUUGAAGAGCUUGAAACUACUAUUCACCAUUUAGAUAGUGAACAGUUAGAACAGAUGUCCAAAGUGGCACUAAUGAAAGACACCAUUCAUUCGCUGGGAACUGAGAUGAAAAGAUUGACAAGAAAAAUGCUGGAUUCUGGAACUGAGCUGAGCUGACAGGAAGCUGAACAUGCUUCUCUUUGUUUAUUGAAUGAAAAGACAGAACUGAGUCGUUCAAAGAUUCAGUGA